AGGUAUCCCGUGUCAAGGAGGGCAGGCGCUUUGUUUUUCCCAGCGAAAAAAUGUGGUGGAAAAAUUAAAUCAUACGAGUAAAAAAAUACAUUUUUUCAUACUAGGACGCCAUGCCACAGCCAUAUGGUAGAUCGAGGCCCUGGAAACCAUUCAAACGACGUAUUUGUGCGCUCUUAUAAGGUUUCGGUACUUCGGCUGAGAUUGGAAGGCGGAAGGGAAUUCGCAGGGAACACUGGAAAACUUCUUAGGAUGGAUCUUCACAAGAUGGAAGAAAUACUGUGGGAUUUUCUUACACCUUUCUCCGAAUUCGGUUUAUUUUAAGCUGUCAUAUACGCAGUAAAUAACAAUAGAUUAGAAACAUUUGUGUAAAUAGCUGUAUGGCAUAUGAUAUUACUAGUCUCAAAACUAUUGAAUAGUGUUGAGAUUCAAAAUGGCGGAUGGAUGGCCCUCCCCCCUGGCGCUGUUGUUGAUGGUUCUGGGUGCCGUGGGUCUGGACUCUUGCCCGCUUCCAUGCUCUUGUACAGUACAGUCGGACUCUGGGAUGCUCAUGGACUGCAGCAAGAGAAGGUUGUCGGUUGUCCCGUUUGGUCCGCCUGCGUUAAUAACUCACCUCAAUAUGAACUACAAUGACCUGACUGCUAUUCCAUUCCUGGAAGAUGUGACAUCCAACAUCACUGUCCUUUCUCUGGUUCACAACCGGAUCUCUGAGCUCGUCACGGACCAGCUGCAGCCCUACUUCUCCCUGGAGUCCCUGGACUUGAGCUCCAAUUCAAUUUCCGAGAUCAAGGCUGAUGCAUUCCCACUGAUGCAGCUGAAAUACCUGAACUUGAGCAAUAACAAAAUCAGUGUUUUGGAACCUGGAUGUUUGGAUAACAUCUCCAGCUCCCUGAUUGGCCUGAAGCUCAAUAGAAACCGCAUUACAUUCCUUCCUUAUAAAAUCUUCAAACUCCCUCACCUGCAGUUCUUGGAAUUAAAGCGCAACAAGAUUAAAGUGGUGGACAGCCUGACCUUCAAGGGCCUGGACUCCCUGAGAUUUCUGAAGAUGCAACGCAAUGGCAUCACCAGGCUGAUGGACGGCGCCUUCUUUGGACUCAACAACAUGGAGGAGCUGGAGCUGGAGCACAAUAACCUGACAGAGGUGAACAAGGGCUGGCUGUAUGGGCUGCGCACGCUGCGUGUGCUGCGGGUCGGCCAGAACGCCAUCGCCUCCAUCCGGUCUGACGCCUGGGAGUUCUGCCAGAAGCUGGAAGAGUUGGAUCUGUCCUAUAACUUGCUGACCCGACUAGAGGAGACCGCGUUUGCCGGCCUGGGCCAUCUGGACAGUCUUAACCUGGGCGAGAACUCCAUUUACCACCUGGGCGAGGGCGUCUUUGGCAGCCUCUCGAACCUUCGUACGCUGGAUAUCCGGAAUAAUGAGAUCUCAUGGGCCAUUGAGGAUUCCGUCGGAGUUUUCGUGGGGAUGAAGAAGCUGAACAAGUUGGUACUGCAGCGGAACAAGAUCAAAUCCAUCACAAAGAAGGCCUUUGAUGGACUGGAGACACUGGAGCACCUUGACUUGAGCAAGAACGGCAUCAUGUCAAUCCACCCUGAAGCCUUUUCCCACAUCAAGCUGAAGGAGCUACUUCUGAACACGAGCAGCCUCCUGUGUGACUGCCACCUGCAGUGGCUGGCCCAGUGGCUGGCAAAGCACGGCUUCCAGCAGUCGGUCACGGCCGUGUGCGCCCACCCCGCGGGUCUGCUGGAUCGCAGCAUUCUGUCCCUCACACCGGAGCAGCUCGUGUGUGAUGACUUCCCAACGCCCCAGAUCACAGCCCACCCAGAGACCUCAGUGGCCCUGCGGGGCACCAAUGUGACGCUGAGCUGCCGCGCGUCCAGCAGCAGCGACUCGCCCAUGAGCACGGCCUGGCGCAAGGACGGCGAGGUGCUCUACGACGCCCAGAUGGAGAACUUCGCACGGUACCAGGAUGGCGAGCUGGUCUACACCACUGUGCUGCACCUGCUCAACGUCAACUUCACCGACGAGGGCCGCUACCAGUGCGUGGUCACCAACCACUUUGGCUCAAACUACUCUAACCGGGCCAAGCUGACCGUCAACGAGCUGCCCUCGUUCCUGAAGACUCCGAUGGACCUGACCAUCCGCACGGGGGCCAUGGCUCGGCUGGAGUGCGCCGCUGAGGGCCACCCGUCGCCGCAGAUCGCCUGGCAGAAGGACGGCGGCACGGACUUCCCCGCCGCGCGCGAACGCCGCAUGCACGUCAUGCCCGACGACGACAUCUUCUUCAUCGCCAACGUCAAGACGGAGGACAUGGGCGUGUAUAGCUGCACGGCGCAGAACGCCGCCGGCAGCCUGUCUACCAACGCCACGCUGACGGUGCUGGAAACGCCCUCUUUCGUGCGACCGCUGGAGGACCGGACGGUGGCGAGGGGGGAGACGGCAGUGCUACAGUGCAUCGCGGGGGGCAGCCCGGCACCACGCCUCAAUUGGACCAAAGACGAUGGGCCUCUGGUGCUGACGGAGCGCCAUUUCUUCGCGGCGGCCAACCAGCUGCUGAUCAUCGUGGAUACGGGUCCCGCCGACGCUGGCAAGUACACCUGCAUCAUGUCGAACACGCUGGGCACGGAGCGCGGCCACAUCUACCUGAGCGUCGCGCCGUCGGCCAACUGCGAGACGGCGGGCGGCUACGACGAGGACGACUGGACCAUGGUGGGCAUCGUCAUCAUGGUGGUGGUGUGCUGCGUGGUGGGGACCUCGCUACUCUGGGUCAUUGUCAUCUACCACAUGCGGAGGAAGAGCGAGGACUACAGCAUCACCAACACAGACGAGAUGAACCUGCCGCCAGACAUACCUAGCUACCUGUCCUCUCAGGGGACGCUGUCCGAGCCACAGGAGGGCUACAGCAACUCUGAGGCUGGCAGCCACCAGCAACUAAUGCCCCCCAUGUCCAACGGCUACAUCCACAAGGGUGCCGAAGGAGUCUGCUAUGGGGAUACGGGCAGCGACGUGGACACAGAAGGGAGCCGGGUGGGUGGGCUCUUCGUCGGGCGCAGCAGCUUCCACCCCGGGGAGCCUCGCGAGAGCCUGGCCGGGGCCCCCACAGGAGGCACGGGCCCGCUGGUCAUCUGCUCAGACUGCUACGACAACGCCAACAUUUACUCCCGUACCCGAGAGUACUGCCCCUACGCCUACCUGGCCGACGACGACUCCCUGGAGAGAGGCCUCUCUGGCUUCGUGGCUCAGCUGACCAAGGAGCCCUACGGCGGGCAUGCGCAGCACGAGGACACGGCCCUGGAGAGCCUCGUCAGCCAGCAGGACACCUCCCUGUUCCUGGCCAGCCACGACAGGAAGAUCAGCGCCCACAGCUCCCUACAGCCCUACGCCGCCGAUGUCCCAGGAAGGCCGUUUUGGGGGCGAGGCAAGGAGCUGUCCCAAGGGGCCCCCGGGACUGUCCCGCCCCCACAGUCAGUGACUGCCCACGAGGCUCCCCGGCUGAGAGGAUCCGGCGAGGGGAGCGAGGAAGGGCAGCCGAUGGCUGACAGCUCGCCGGGCCCCCGCUCUCAGCAGCCCUCCAGUGCCUCCUACAGGACUAACCCCCAGGAACCCUCCUCCCCCACAUAGAGCUUCUCCUCUUCCUCUCCCGCUCAUUCUUUUAUACGCACUACCUCCAAAGAGACUUCCACUAUCUGCCAAAAAAAAUGCAUUUGUGUAUGUUUACAUUCCAUCGACCUCCCCCGUCUGCUUUCUGUGGUUUUUCUUCUUUAUGGAAAGCAUUUCAUGCUGAUUUGGAAAUCCCUGGGCCAUCCCCCCCCCCCAUUCUUCCACACCCCUGCUGCUCUGACAAGGGCGCUGCUGUUGAAUGUACGCGUCGCAUUCGCCGGCGUGGAUCCAUUCGCCCCGGUACUGUGGAUGGCCUCUGGAGCCUCGCAUCUGAGUGAAGAACGUGGGAGAACCAGCGGUACAAGCCCAUCCACUCUGCUCCAGCCGCCCCCCUCUCCUACCCCGCCCCCCCCCCAGCUGCCUCAGAGAAUUCCAGGGGGCUCUGAGAGGACAGUCUGCAAGCCUGGAAUAGUCGAGCAACCUCCAUGUGUGACAGCACUGUGUAGGACCGUGUGCCUCUCGCAUACGCUCUGAUGUAUCCCAGCAGGCCGAGCGUCCCCAAACGCCCACCUGUUUUUGGUGUGUAUAUAUAUAUGUUCUGUUUUUUUCUGCUGCCUGUAAAUGUUAAGCAUUUUUUUCCUGUUUUUUUUGUACCUCUAUAUAGCACAUUAAGUAAUGAAUGAUGUUUUUAUGAGAACUAAAGAAUUAUAGGUAUAUUGCACAUAUAAAAAAAUCCAUAGCUGUCAUUGGUAAUUGGGUAUCUUGACGGAGGCAGAGGUUGUCAGUAUUGUUUAUCUGUGUGUGUGUGUGUGUGUGGUGUGUGUGUGUGUGUGUGUGUGGGUUUGCAUACAUCACAUUUGAGGACCAAAUUGUCCCCAAAGUGUAGUAAACCUGAAAUUUCCCUACUUUUGAGAUCCCCAUUUGGAUAACCUCAGUUUUAUAGAAAUCUGUGAAUGCAAUCAAAAAGUAAAAAUGCCAAAAGUCUUGUAUUUUGGUUGCUUACUUAUGGAUUAGGUUAGGAAUGAGUAGAGGUUAUGGGUGUCGUGAUCAGGGUUAGGGUUUUUCCCAUAGGAAUGAAUGGACGGUCUCCAUUUAGAUGGGUAGACCAACUUGUGUGUGUGUGUGACUGGUUUUAAGUGUGUAUGAUGCAGAUAAGAGCAGCGCUUCCCUGCCACACACUGUUUCAUUUGGACUCUGUGUUCCCCGUUCAGUUCUUUCCGCUGCACCUGCCUGGUCUCAUACCACUUAUUCCACUCUUGGUGUGUGCAGACUGCGUGCCGCUCUUUCAGGAUGUCAAGCGCCGAAGCUAAUGCUGACCACUUAAGGUACUCUUCUGAGAAAUGCCGGUGAUUCAUGUGCAGGGGGACACAUGCUUAAUCAUAUUAUUUAUGAGUCGCAAGCGUACUUAUGGUACCUGUUAUUUUUGUCAUGGAAAUUUCAACCAUUUGUCACUGUAUCUGGGAUAUUAGCAAAGUGAAAAAUUUGCACCAUUUAAGUGCAUUUGCUCAGAGUCCCUGGAGAUAAGUGAUAUGGCGGUGAAACUGCAUUAACACCUUUUGUUCUACUUGCUGAUGCUGUAGUAAUAUGCUGCACACUGUUCCCAGUGAGCUCAAGCUGUUUCGGGAUGCAGAAGCUGGUUGAAAGUUAUUCACAUUCAGGUACGGAGUGUAUAUGGUACCUGCCUACACAUGACUGCAUCGCCAGCCUUAUGGAGACAGACUGGGUGUUUUCCAUUUAGUUUACCUCUCCCAUGUCCUUGUUUUCCACGGCUGACCUUUCAGUUGCAAAUGAAAUCUCCAUGUGAAAGUCUCUCGUUUUCGUUCUUAUAGACUCUGCACUCCUCUGUAGUGUCUCUGAGGUAUGCAGACUGCCUGAAGGUAGUCUGUGAGCUAACAGAUCAUCGUAUUCAAAUUUGCACAAUUGCACCCCUCCCAAACCGCUUUUAGCCAACAGAACACUAAAGUGGCUUUUCCAUUACGCGUAACACGUUCCUGCGAGAAAAGUCGGUCCCUACUUGUUUGUCUUUGGGUACCUGCACUCCCCAAAAUAAAUUUAUUCUAAGCUUUUAUCCAUGGCUAAAGCAGUUAGUGUAACACACAAAUAUACUUUUCACAUUUGCCGUCAGAAGAGGGUUUGGAGAGAGCAUUGGGUAGUUUUUAAACGAUAGAUUUACGUGCUCAUUCAUCCAUACAUGCAUCCAACCCUAUGCAUAUAAUGAAAUUCAGAACAGAAUUCUCCAAAGGACAUGCCUUUGGAAUCAUUCAGUGAGGACUUGCCUGAUAACUCUUGGAUGUGCCUGUUUUCAAAGCUGCGCCGGUUUUGUUUGCAUUUGUACCAAAGUUCUGCAUUUUGCUUUUCCAUUUAUUUCAAUGCUGCCUGUUUUCCUGUAUUACAAAAUGCAGAUUCUCUUUCGAGUCAUUGUUGAAUACCUGUAUUAUAUGUAAAGCAUGUGUAAAGGACACUUUGUUUCUUGAAUUGUAGCCAUCAUUGAAACAAUAAAUAGAAAUAAGGA